AUGGCCAGUAUGGAGCCGAGGCGUCACAUCACCGGUGUCGUGGUGUCGGCGGGAAAGAUGAUCAAGACGGUCAAAGUGCGCGUUCCGAAGCAAGUCUGGAACAAGCGCCUGCAAAAAUAUUACUCCGAACCUCAGACACUGCUCGUCUCCGAUCCUACAAACUCCACCCGUGAAGGCGACGUCGUUACGCUCGAGGGUGGCCGCCGUAUAAGUAAGCAUGUGCGCCAUGUCGUUGCUGGAAUAAUUGCGCCAAUGGGGGUGCCUCUGAGCGAAAGGGCGCAUAUACCAUCAGCUGCCGAGCGAUUGGCUGCUGUAGAAGCCAAGAGGGUGGCGAAAGACCUCAGGCAGGCUGCACGAGGGCGAUGGCCUGCUCUUGUUCGGGUCAGAGAACGGGAGGCGAGGCAAGCAGCCAGCCUCUCGCUGGAAGAGGCAGCAUCAUCGAUGACUUUGGACUCCUUCGUCAAGAUGUACAGAAAAAAGAAACCCGAGGAAGGGGCAGCAGAGUCGUUGGUUCUGGACUUUUUAUGUCUUGCCAAGUAUAAAGUCUUGCAAGGCGAGGUCCCUUUGCAUGCACAAGUUGCCGCGUUAGCAGAAGUUAAGGGCAAGUUAGUCAGGGAGCGGGCCAAGCUGGAAGAGCAGCUGAAUGCAGGCAUUUUCAAGCGGACGGGCAGAGACAUCACGCUCUCUGAGCGGGAAGAAAUGUCGAAGCAGAAGUUGCAGCUGUGGCAGCAGAUACAUCAGAUUGAAAGAAGUAUAUCGCAUUUCAACAGCUAUGUGAAGGAGGUCAAUCCAAAGAAUGAGACGAGGAGGCAGGAGCUGAAGAAUAAUCCGAUCGAGUGGUACGAUCUGGUCAUGAUAUUGAACAUGACUCACUGGGAGCAGAACAUCGCUGCGCUUGAUUUGUGGGGCAGAGCGAUGCUAGAAGAGGCUGCGAAAAGAGAUGUUGGUGAUAUUUCGCGGAGAGCUGGCCUUGCACGUGCAGACUCGAAAAACCUCCGCGGAGCUACAUUGCACGAGUCGAACGGUGAGGAUCAUGCUCUGGCAGCUGCUACGGAAAGUCUUGGACUUGAAUCAAAGUUGCAAGACAAGGCCGUCGGGGAAUCAAACACAACAGAGCAACCGGAACCGAUCGUCAACACGCCUGAGCUUGAAGUCGAAACAAGGCAUCAAGAAAUGCAAUCCGAUUUCACCAGCGAAGAGGGACUGUCUCCAAGUGUUGGAGAACCACAUGUCGAACACACAAUGGAACAGAAGGAAGAAGUUGCUAGGAACCUGCAAGAAGACAUUGAAAAGCCAUCGGAAGCUGAAGCUCAUGUUGAACAGCAACCAGCAGAAGCCGAACAGGAGAAAGAAGAAAGGAAGUCUGGCGGUUUCUGGAACCUAUUCAGGAGGAAGUAG